AUCCUCUUAUCUAGUUGGAGCAAACAUAGCGAUUGAAGCGCUCGGCCUUCGCCUCUAGGAUGGCCAAAUCGCGCUGGGAGAGGACACCUGGGGCAGCUAGCGUCUAUAUUAGGUAGCACACCACGGCGUCGCGGGUGCGUUGCAACGGCGGUCGUAUGCUGAGCAACAAGAGGAGCACUUCCGUAGCUCCGCGGCCUUGGCGGCUGGUUUCGCAGGAGCGGCGCCACUUCCCUCUGCAGCCGCCGGAGUCAGAGAGAUAGAGAGAGUUGUGCCAUGGAGUCAGGAGACUUGGAGGGUGGGGUUUGAUUUGGUUUGCUUCUAGAAGAUUUCCUAAAGGGGAACGAACAUGCAUUUCAUCAUGGGCUUACAUCCACCGCAUGGACCCGCUGCUGCCCCAUGGUUAACCUCGAGCUAGAGACAAGGAGCCUCCUUGUAGGGAUGCAGCUCGGGGAUAACUUGUAGUGGAUGGCACUUGUCUCACUGAUUUGGAAGGAUGGGAAGCUCGGCGUCGAGGUGCGCCAUUCUAUAGGAGGUGGUGGGGAGGGUUUCGUGCUCCUAGCCUCACCUUCCUCUCGACCUCCGGCCUCUAGACCUUCCUUCCACGUCUUGGCAGCCCUCGUCUUGGCGGAGGAUGGCUCUAAGGAGAGGACCGAGGAGACGAGUGAGCUCUCUCAGCCAAAUUGGUGGGUUUCCCAUCAUCGGCCUUCGCCUCCUCCUGCGAUCUCCCCCGCAGUCGAGCUUAUGCUAUUGUUGCUUCACCGCCGCUGCCUCCUCUUGUCACCCCACGCCACAGCGAUGGUCUAGGAAGCGAGAAGGCCAUGUGAGAAGCUCCUCGCUUGCCACCCACUGCUGGUCGCCACGCUUCCGCCUUCCCAUCGAUGAGCUGGCGAGCUCGACCUUGCCGGCCUCCACCGCUAAUGUUUGUGCACACAGAAAAAGGAGAGAGGAGGUAGGGAAGGAAGAAAUGAUGGUAUGUUUCACUAACACGUGCAGCUCACUGUAAUUUUCUUUUUCUAAUUGAUGUGCCACGUAAACGCCACAUCAGCUAAACCCAGGCUCCAUGCUGCCCUGGGAUCUCGUUGACACUCGUAUUAGAACGUGAGGAUACGUUGUACCAGGUUUUGAGAUUAAGGGACCCGCUUGAAACUGACUCUAAGAUGAGGGACAUGAACUGAACUUCUUGUUCCUGGACUAAUUAAAAUCUGCUCGAGGGAGCCCAUCAUGGCCAGAAAACAAUUAGCUCCUCGGCCCACGUGGGACACACGGCCCAAGUCGCGGGCGAUACCUUCCCUCCCCCUUCCCGCCGCCGCUGUCCCUUGCUCCCACCUCCGCUCCUCGCCGCCGCCGCCGCGAGUAGUAGUGCGGGUCUCGCGCUGCCGCUUGGCUUGGCUCCCAUGGACGCGGCGGCGCCGGAAGCGACGGGUGGCUUCUGCGGAGGCGGCGGCGGCCUCUCCACCGGCCGGAAGCUGGUGCCGUGGUCGAGCUGGGCGGAGUGGCGGCACGUGCGCGACGGCCUCUUCUCCGCCUCCCCCGCCGCCGCUCUUCGUAGGAUCGCGGCGUGGAGGAGCAGAGGCACCCUCCCGGUCCCCGUCGAUGUGACCGCGGCUUUCGUCGAGAUACGGCUGCGGGAUCCCUUCUUCCGGAGUGUAAUGGCUGUGGAUGAUGCGCUGGAGUCGGAAGAGAUGCUGUCGAUGCUGUAUAGUAUGGCGAUCAUGAGGCUCGUAAAUGGUUUUGUGGAGAACCCACAUAAGAAAACUGGCUAUUCAAUAUCUGAAUUAGCUGAGGCUGUUGGAAUACCACGAGUUCUUGUCGACAUUCGUCAUGAGAGUUCACAUCGCACUCUUCCCUCUCUUCGGCUGCUACGAUUGGCAGCCAUUAAGGCAUUUGAUUGGUUGAAGUGUAUUUACUGGGAUUCCCAGACUAAUGCUAUUCCUGAUGUUCAAGUUGAAGUAAGGUCAAAAUUGCAUGAGAUCAAUAACUUUAUGAAGGGAAAAGAUUCAAUGAAAGCAAAGUCGGGUUCAAAAAGGAAACGUUCUGAGAAAAUGAUUUCGAGAAACAUAAAAUAUGUACGCCGGCUUUACUACGCAUGUCCUUCUGAGGUUGCCUUUGUUAUAUUGGACUUUUUCCAACGUGGUGCCCCAGAGUCCUCUGAAAAUAGCGAUGUGUUAGAAACUGAUAAGGAUGUAGAUCAGUCAUCUGAUAUUCACAGUGAAAUAUCAAAUAAUGAUAUGAGAACUAUCAUAACUAAAUUAUCAGAAAAGGAACCAAGGUUGCUGCUUGGCAUACUGAAGUCAGUAAUUGAAACAAUUGAGACCAUGGAAGACCUUGAAAACAAAGGUGAAUACAAUGCUAGCCUGCCAGCUAAAGUGGAACUUUUAAGUUCCCAUGUUCUGUGGCUUGUGACAAAGUUAAAAGAAUUGAAGGAUUCAGGUUGCAUUGGAGUUGUCCAUGAGAUAGGAGUGCUCUCUUCAGACAGGAAUGCAGUCCCACGUUUCUGUCUAGCAAAACUUCUGCGGAAGCUGUUGAGUUUGUCUAUUAUAGAUGAAAGAUGUAUCAUAGAUGCAGCCCUAGUGCUGAUUGAGAUGGCCACCAACAAUGUGCAGGAGAAACUGAGGAAGCUUCCUAUGUUAUCCCUGGGAAAGGUGGCUAGAGAUUCUACCCUCCCAGAGCCCACCAAAGAAACGGAAUCAGUUGAGGAAGCAACAGAGAAGCUGGAAAUGUUCAAGUCGCGGUUGAAACAGAAGGAUUUACGUUUGGCAGAAAAUGACACCGGGGCUUCAUUGAACACAAUCAUGCCAGAGAAACGUAACAGAUGGUCUACAGCAAAGUCUUGGACCCCCUGUCCAAUAGGAAUGAUACCUUGUUCAUUUAGUUCAGUGGCUGUUCUUCCGACCCUUGACGUCGUAGAUCAUGAAUCAAGAGAUGAAAUAUUAGAGCAACAUGUAAGUGUUGAGCCUGAUGAUCAUACUGAGAGGAUCGGCUAUUAUUCUGACCCAGAGAAGCAAUUGGAUGCUGAAAGAAUUCCGGAAUUAUCAAGACCAUCACCUGAAGAAUGUGAGAUUUCAGAUAUGCCAGAACUGGCAUUUCCUCUGAAGGGUAGGUUGCUAGUUGGUGGGGUGUGGAAGAUGGUGAGCGAAGAGGAGCUACUCUUUAUCAAGUCAAAGAUGAAAAUUUUGUUGUAACAACAGCUAGUUCAGUUUUGUCAUCUUAAAUCAACAAUUUCAGGCUGUAAAACGAACAAGGGUAGUACUGUGCUAGUUAAGAGAAAAAUGUAUCGUUUACCCCCCAGUUUUGCUUAGCCUCUUCUGUUGAAAAUUGAGAUAAAGCAGCAGCUUUAUUAGUUCCGGCAGGCAGCCAUUGCUGCUACCUGCUGAUAGAUAUAUUCAGUUCUACACUUCUAGUCAUGUAGUUUCAGUUGCAGCUAGUCUGAUACUAAAUUUCCCAAUCGAUGUAUGCCAAAAUGCCAAUCCAAUUCAA